UUGAAGGGGAUGUUUUAAAUUCUUAUUUUGUUCUUUCUAUAUUUGCUUCCAUACAGACCCAUGGAAGAGGGAAAUCAGUCUGAAAUUUCAGAGUUCAUACUUUUGGGUCUUUCAGACCAGCCAGAACAACAGAGACUCCUGUUCUGCCUAUUCCUCUUUAUGUACCUGAUCACAGGGCUGGGAAACCUACUCAUUAUUCUGGCUAUUAGCUCUGAUCCCCACCUCCAUACGCCCAUGUAUUUCUUCCUCAGUAACUUGUCCCUGGUUGACAUAGGCUUCACUUCCACUACCAUUCCCAAGAUGCUAAAUAAUCAUAUAUCCAGGAACAGAACAAUCCCUUAUGCUGGGUGCCUCACACAAGCAUUCUUCUUCAUUUGGUUUGGGGGGAUUGAUAGUGUCCUCCUCACUGCCAUGGCUUAUGACCGCUAUGUGGCUAUUUGUAACCCACUAUACUAUAAUACAGUCAUGACUCCAAAGGUUUGUGCCUUUCUAAUACUAAUAUCUUGGUCUUGGGCCUGUGGCAAUGCUCUGACAGAGACCCUCUUGCUGACCCAACUUUCCUUCUGUGGCUACAGUGAAAUUCCUCAUUUUUUCUGUGACCUCAGUGCCCUGCUAAAGUUAGCCUGCUCAGAUACCUUUAUCAAUAACUUAGUAGUUAACACAGUGGGAGCACUGAUAGUAUUUCUGCCCUUCACUGGAAUCCUCAUCUCCUAUGCUCACAUUUUCAUGGCUGUAAUGAAGAUCUCCUCUGUGAGUGGGAAGCAGAAAGUUUUCUUCACCUGUGGAUCCCACCUCACUGUGGUCUGUCUCUUCUAUGGGACAGUCAUUGGGGUAUACUUCAGCCCUACAUCCAUCCACACAACCCAACAAGAUAUAGCAGCCACUGUGAUGUACACUGUGGUCACCCCCAUGCUGAAUCCUUUUAUCUACAGCCUAAGGAACAAGGACAUGAAAAGAGCCUUGAGGAUGCUUAUCCCUAGGAAACUGAGAUUUAUUAUAAGACUAUGAGAUAUCUUUCUGAGCUUCAGACAACAAUCCCAAUUCCGUGAGAGAAAGUUGGCAAGGAGUCUUCUCUAAUGUCACACAAAGUCAAUAAGUUCCUAUCCCGACCUUCUGAGAUGAUGGGUAAAGAACUGGACCAGUUGUCAGGAUUUCUAGUUCUAGUGCUUUUCUACUGAGGUAAUUGUGGUUAUCUAGUGAAUCACACUGUGAUCAUUUAAUGAUUCAAUUCUGUAUCGAGCUCAGUUGUGGGUCUAGUCCAAUUUCUUAUGAGAAAACUGUAUUUAGUUAUGGAAAUUGUGGGAAAAUGUUACUGCAUUAUUUAAACCUAGCAUCACAUGACUGGGAAGCUGGACUACCUUUAUCUAUCUACCUUUUGUUCAAAAACCCUUAACUAAGGAUGCAGGUUACACUGACCAGAAACCAAGCCAGAUCUAAAACUGAUGUAAGAAGUUUUCUCACCAUUUUACAUGUCAAGCAAUCCAUGUAUCUUGUCUGAAAACUAGCCCCAUGUUGAUCAGUCAAUUGCAGUUUCCAUGUUCCUUUCAAUGAAUCUAGAUACUUGUGGGGGAGCAAGACAUCUCUUUAUCUAAUUUAAGGAAAUUGGAUCUGUUUAAUUUACUCCUCCCUUCUUCAGACACAUUUCAGACUC